UUUUUCUCGUUUGCGAUUUCAUUGUUCGCACUAAGGUAUUGCUUUGAUGCAAUGUUUCAAGAAAUCAGUAAAUAAUUUCGAAACGGCUCGAGUUUUCUAUUUGCAAUAGCUUUUUCCCUGUUCUCAAGUGUUUUCGUGUUUUUCUUUUCUUAUUUGAUGAUAAGGACGCACCGAUUUGAUAAAAGCUUGGAAUAAGGGGGUGCUAUAUUUAUUUGUUGUGGCUGGUGCGAAUAUAAGGUAUUAGUAAAGUGUAGGUAAUGAUUACAAUAAACAAUGGAUUUCUCAUCAGGAAGAAGCUCAGAUUCUAAUAAUGAAGCCAAAAAAUCACAUGAGAGCCUAAAUAAUAUACCAGCUCUUACCCAUACAGGGCCUCAAACGUAUUUUAGUGACGAAAUAAUCCCAAUUCCUGAAUCCGAUAACACAAGUUUCAGCUUCAGGAAAUUAUGGGCGUUUUGCGGUCCAGGAUUCCUAAUGUCCAUAGCCUUUUUGGACCCGGGAAAUAUAGAAAGCGAUUUGCAAUGUGGUACGAUUGUAGCGUACAAACUCUUGUGGGUUUUGUUAUGGGCUACAGUUUUGGGACUACUUAUGCAAAGAUUAUCUGCCAGAUUAGGAGUUGUAACUGGACUUCACAUGGCAGAAUUGUGCUACAGGCAAUACAAAAAAGUUCCAAGAAUUUUACUAUGGCUGAUGAUGGAAGUUGCUAUUAUCGGCAGCGAUAUGCAAGAGGUUAUAGGAACUGCCAUAGCAAUUUAUUUAUUGUCAAAUAAAAGGGUUCCACUCUACGCCGGAGUUCUUAUAACAAUCUUAGACACUUUUACAUUUCUAUUUAUCGAUAAUUAUGGUUUAAGAAAGCUGGAAGCAUUUUUUGUACUUUUAAUCAGUAUUAUGACAGUUACUUUCGGAUAUGAAUAUGGCGCGUCAAAGCCUGACCAAGUAGAAGUUGUAAAAGGUUUAUUUUACCCUUGGUGUGAAAACUGUGACAACAGAGCUGUCCUACAGGCGGUUGGAAUAAUUGGUGCUAUAAUUAUGCCGCACAAUUUUUACCUCCAUUCGGCUUUGGUGAAAUCCAGAGAAAUUGAUAGGACUAAAAGUGAAAAAGUACGAGAAGCAAAUCUGUAUUAUUUUGUCGAAUGUUGUAUUGCCAUUUUUGUUAGUUUAUUUAUUAAUAUUUUUGUCUUGGCUGUAUUUGCUCACGGAUUGUACAAUAAGACCAACGAGGAAGUGUAUGAAACUUGCUUGCAAUAUCCUUCAAUCGACGCCUCAGUUUUUCCUCACACUGGUCCCGAAGCUAAAGAACUAGUAGAUUCAGAUAUGUACAAUGGAGGUAUUUUCUUAGGAUGUACUUACGGUUUGGCUGCUAUGUAUAUUUGGGCUGUGGGGUUAUUGGCAGCUGGACAAAGUUCUACUAUGACAGGUACAUAUGCCGGUCAAUUUGUAAUGGAAGGAUUCCUAAACCUAAAAUGGCCGAAAUGGAAGCGUGUUUUGUUUACCAGAAGUGUUGCCAUUAUUCCUACAUUUUGUGUAGCAUUUUUCGCUACUAUAGAUAAAUUAACCAACUUUAAUGAUGUAUUAAAUGCACUUAUGAGUGUUCAACUGCCAUUUGCCACGAUACCUUUGAUUGCUUUUACUAGCAGUACUAAAAUAAUGGGAGAAUUCACGAAUGGAUUAUGGAACAAAAUCAUGUCAAUUUCAGUUAGCCUGUUUAUAAUAGCAAUUAACACUUACCUAGUUGUGGAUACAAUAAUUGAUAAUCAUUUACAUUGGUCUAUACUUGCUACUAUAGGUAUAGUUGGUGUAUUUUAUUUUAUAUUUUGUAUAUAUUUAAUAUUGCACAUGAUUAUUUGUAUGGGAAAUAAAACUUUGUUGAGAUUCGAAUUUGUUAAAAAGUAUAUUGUUGGUCCAGUGGAUUCGGAUUAUAGCAUUGAAGGCAAUUGAAGAAUCUGUUUUAUUUUAUUUUUUUGUAAAUAGUUUACUUAUUAGUGCAUUAGAAUAUAAGUACCUAUACAUUUUGACUAAUUAUUAAGCAUCAAUUAAAGGAAAAUUUUGUCUAACAAUUUGUUCCCAAUUUUAUUAUAUUGUUUCAAAUUUAGGAAAUUAUAUGACUGCAACUGAAAACUUAAUUAUAACAAUUUAAACUGACAGGGAACAAGACAAAAUAAAUAAGACUGAUGAUAAUUGAAUGGUGAAUGUAUUGUAUAUUGUAGUUGUGUUUAUAUUUGAUUACAUUUUUCUAUGGAAAUAAAUCUUAAUUGUAGAAUUCAUC